AUGAACGACACAACCGGUAUCACCACUGCCGCAGCCCGACUUGUUGGAAUAGUAGACGAAGCGAUACGAUUCUUUCAACAACUUGAUCGAAAUACCAACUCUGUCUCGAAACGUGUGCAGCAGCUUGAGAGUUUCUCAAGGUUAGCCAGGGAGGUUGAGCUGAGACCCUCAGCUGAGGACCACAAUGAUGAAGAACAUCUCGGCCUGACGAGACAGAUCUUGGUUUACUGCUACAAGCUCAUCAGCAGAAUUCUCUCUCGACUUGAAUGGGUUGAUAAUGGUGGUAGACACACUUCUACUCAGCAAGGACUACUUGGGGUCUACGCUGAGCUGAAUGAUCGGGAAGUUAAGGACCUUUUUGAGGAGUUGCAUAGGGAGCAGCUAUGCGUCGUAGCUUUUCGAAAUUCAAGGCCGAGACCACUCUCUCGGGCUCCAGAGUCCGAUAGUCGUCCUUUGGAAUAUUCUCACACUUUCAAAGAUCGUGAGCGAGAGUUCUUGAGCCUUUUGUUCGUCACAGAUCCAAGAGAAGAUCGCGCUGCUCUUCAGUCAAGUAAAGGACCCAUUACCCAAGGAACCUGUACUUGGAUCACCGAAACAACCACCUACCGGUCAUGGCUCUCAGGCUCUGGUGACCGUAGGGGUCUUCACGUCCAAGGGGACGAAGGUCACGGCAAGACUAUGUUGGCGAUAUACCUAACCGAGCAACUGGAGCAGCUUUCUUCGUGCAUGUCAACCGACACAGUUUUAUAUUUCUUUUGCAACCAUGGAAAUAUCAACGCCAACUCUGCCAAGGCUGUCCUCCGUGGUCUUAUUUGGCAGCUUUGCAGAUUACGUCCACAGCUCUUACAUCACGGGCUCAAGAGGACUGUAUCGGUCGAAGAAGGGAGAAUUGCAUUGGCAACCAACUCAGUUGAAACCCUUUGGCAAAUAUUCAUCGCGAUGGUCCAUGAUCCCAAUGCAGGAACUGUUACAUGUGUUGUUGAUGGGCUUGACGAAUGUGAUGAGUCGUCGAUCAAAACGCUUACGGAGAGGUUCUCGGAACUGCUAUCUUCAGAAAAUCAAGGCAGUCGAAACUCUCGGGUCCUUUUAACUAGCCGUCAGCCAUUCCAGCAAGCCAACUUGCCUACUGAGUGUUCAGCAAUAUGCCUUGACUCAGAUGCACACGAGCACAACGUCCAAGACGUGCAGCUUUUUAUCAAUUUUCAUGUUUCGAAUAUCUCACAUGAGCAUGGUUGGUCUCAAGACUUCCAAGAAGAGAUGAACAAGAGCCUUAAAAGAAGAGCUAGUGGCUCGUUCAUCUGGGCGACCUGGGCUAUUUCUGGACUUAAAGGGUAUGGUGAAGGUACUGCAGCAAAGUACCUCAACGACCUUGCUGGAGACAUCCACACUAUCUACGGAAGUUCUCUCAUGGCCGUUCCAUUAGAGUACCGCCAAAAGGUACGAUCAAUAUUGACUUGGGUAGCCUUGGUAUAUUAUCCACUGAGUCUUGACGAAUUAAGCACUCUUAUCAGCGAUGAGUUUGCCACUCCGGACACUGCUUUUAUAAACACGAAGGCUUGUUUGAGUUACUGUGGGACUCUCCUUAUGACCAAGACAGAGAUGAGAAGUUCUGGAUCUGGAUAUGAAACCAUAGAAACCGUUCAGUUCUCUCACCGAUCCGUCAAAGAUUACCUGCUGCAACAUUACGGUCUUCGAACCCCAAUCGACACCGAUACUGACCUCGAAUUCUUUCAAAUCAUCCCGGAUAAUGGCCAUGAGAUUCUCGCUUCUUGCUGUUUGAAAAUCGUGGAGAAAGGGCUGAAAGUAGAGGCUGAAACGGGGAGCCCUGUGGAGUAUGCACAUGUUUUAUCUUAUGCCUCAAAAUUUUGGUUCAGACAUCUCGGACAAUGUCCCGAAAAGCUCUCUGAUGAGGCCUUGGCAAAAAGAGCGUUGACUUUCCUUACACGGAACGACGAAAAUCGAAGACUCUGGUUCUCUUAUCUCUCAAAAUUGAGACACAGGCGAGAAGAUAUACGGGCCAGUCCCUCGACAGCAUCCGAGCAUCAUGACACAAUUGGGGGACUCGAGGAGAUUAAUGAGAGCGAUGUCAUAUUCUUUGAGCAACCGAAAGAUACCACUUCCGCAACUCAGCUUCAAGCCCUCCAAUUGGCGUCUCUGCUUGGUAUCGUUGCCAUAGUACGAAAGAUUCUUGUUAGCACAAGCUUGCUCACCUGUCCAAGGCAAGCCAACAUUGGUUCGCUUUACAGUCGUUCCCGAUCAAGAACAAGGGAAGAGGGUCGAUUGGCAAAGGUCCAGAGAGGUGGAAUACUACAACUAAGCACAGCGGAGAUCGUGUCAACGACGCCUCUUGAACUUGCGGUCCUCGGUGGCCAUCACAAAGCCGCUUCGCUAUUACUCGGCCGUUAUCUUCGACGGAGCAUAUGGCCAGAUCCGUCGUUUGCCUUGGCAACUGCUGUUAGUCGUUGCGACGAGGAUAUGAUCAAGUUACUGAUAGAGUCUGGUGCACCGAAGCUCAAAGCUUCCAGGCAGCUGAAAGGACCUAUCUGUACUGCUGUUGUCAACCGAAGGCUUGAUGUUGUCAAGUUUCUUUGUUGCUCUGAAGCCAACAUCUGGUCGCAACCGUAUUCGAAGUCAGAUGAAGUGACACAAGCUUUACUUUGUCUUUCCAGUGAUGCAGAUCCAAGCUCAUUCAACGGAACGGCCUUCAUCCAGUAUGCAAAAGUUUUACUCUGUGGAGGUGCAUUUCCAGAUGGCUUCAGCAUGGAUAGGGAAUAUCGUGGGUUAAGAUACUGGAAACGGGCAGUCAUGGAAUAUUUACACAGACAUGGCAUCACCCUCACGAAUUUGGGAUCAUAUCCCAACAGAGAGACCCCUUUAAUGGUCUUCAUCCGUUCAAUAGGUGCAAACAGCUCACUUUCUGACCCAGUAGAGACUGUUCAGUUCCUCUUGGACUCUGGAGCAUCGAUCAACCAAACAGACCUCAAGGGUUGGACUGCAUUGCAUCACGUCGCCAACCAGAUUGCUCUAGGUAGAGCGAAGAAGAGCUACGAAGCUACAGAUGAUGCAGAAGAGUAUCAACUGUACAAGAUCGCGAAUCUUCUUAUUUCAGGUGGUAUUGAUCAAGAGUUAGAGGAUAGAGAGAAGCGUAAAGCCGCGGAUAUCCUGCGCGUGGUGGGAGCGCCGAUCUGGAAUAGAAAUAUCUCGGAAUAA